UUUAAAUUUAUAUUUCUCCAAUAUAAAUAAAUGAGUUAGUCUGAUUUAGAUAGAUAAAUAGCAUAGCUUAGAAAUUGUGAGAACAUAACUGAAGGUGAAGUUAAGGCUUUAUGUACAAAGGCAAGAGAGAUUUUGGUUGAAGAAAGCAAUGUACAAAGAGUAGAUGCACCAGUGACUGUAAAAAGAAUAUUAAUAUUAGAUAUGUGGAGAUAUUCAUGGUUAAUUUUUUGAUUUAAUGGAAUUAUUUAAAGUAGGAGGAGAUUGUCCAGAUACAAACUAUUUAUUUUUAGGUGACUUUGUUGAUAGAGGAUUUAAUAGUGUGGAAACAUUUUUAUUAUUAUUAGCUUUGAAAGUACGUUAUCCAGAUAGAAUAACAUUGUAAUAUAUAAUAAUUAUUAUAGAAUACGAGGAAAUCAUGAAUCUAGAUAAAUUACAUAGGUUUAUGGUUUUUAUGAUGAAUGUCUAAGAAAAUAUGGAUCAUUAAAUGUUUGGAGAUAUUGCACAGAUAUAUUCGAUUACUUGAGUUUGGCUGCUGUAAUAGAGGAGAAGAUAUUCUGUGUUCAUGGUGGAUUAUCACCUUCAAUAAAGACUAUGGAUGAUGUUUUAGAAAUUUAAUUAUGUAGAUACGAGCAAUCGAUCGUAAAUAGGAAGUACCACAUGAUGGAGCUAUGUGUGAUUUGAUGUGGAGUGAUCCUGAUGGUAUAUUGAUUAAUUUAUAUAUUUUAGAAAUUGAAGGAUGGAAUUUAUCACCUAGAGGUGCAGGAUAUUUAUUUGGUGGAGAUGUUGUAGAUGAUUUUAAUAGAAAAAAUAAUAUUGAAUUGAUAUGCCGAGCUCAUCAAUUAGUCAUGGAAGGAUAUAGAGUUAUGUUUAAUGAAUAACUAGUAACUGUAUGGAGUGCUCCAAAUUAUUGUUAUAGGUUUAUAUUUUAUUAUAUAUAUCUUAGAUGUGGUAAUGUUGCCUCAAUCCUUGAAUUAGAUGAAAAUCUUGCUAAAUCAUACAAAAUAUUUGAAGCUGCUCCACAAGAAAAUAGGGGAUUACCAGCCAAGAAACCAAUUCCUGAUUAUUUUUUAUGAAU